CCGGUGGCGGCCGCCCGAGCGGCUGCAGCUGCGGCAGCGGGGCCCGGGAGGGGGGCUGCGCCGGGGGCCGGCGCGUAGCCGGCACUAUGGAGGGGCAGAGCGGCCGCUGCAAGAUCGUGGUGGUAGGCGACGCGGAGUGCGGCAAGACGGCGCUGCUGCAGGUGUUCGCCAAGGACGCCUACCCCGGGAGUUAUGUCCCCACCGUGUUUGAGAACUACACCGCGAGCUUUGAGAUCGACAAGCGCCGCAUUGAGCUCAACAUGUGGGACACUUCAGGUUCCUCUUACUAUGAUAAUGUCCGGCCCCUGGCCUAUCCUGAUUCAGACGCUGUGCUCAUCUGCUUCGACAUUAGCCGACCAGAAACUCUGGACAGUGUCCUCAAGAAGUGGCAAGGUGAGACUCAGGAGUUUUGCCCCAAUGCCAAGGUUGUGCUGGUUGGCUGUAAACUGGACAUGCGGACGGACCUGGCCACACUGAGGGAACUGUCCAAGCAGAGGCUUAUCCCUGUUACACAUGAGCAGGGCACUGUGCUGGCCAAGCAGGUGGGGGCCGUGUCCUAUGUGGAGUGCUCCUCCCGGUCCUCUGAGCGCAGCGUCAGGGACGUCUUCCAUGUGGCCACAGUGGCUUCCCUUGGCCGUGGCCAUAGGCAGCUUCGCCGUACCGACUCACGCCGGGGACUCCAGAGAUCCGCCCAGCUGGCAGGACGGCCAGACCGGGGGACCGUGGCCGAAGGCGAGAUACACAAGGAUCGUGCCAAGAGCUGCAACCUCAUGUGAGGGCCCAGGGUGGGGCAGUGUGAGGAGGGGCGGUGGAGGGCACACGUGUUCCCCUGCCUGUACUGGGGCUUCUGACCUCCUGAUUCUGGCUGGGACUUCAGGGUGGGCCUAGUGAGCGAUCCUGAGCAGGGAGCUGCAGGCAGAGGGUGCCAGCAUUCCUCACAUCUUCAUCCCCCUCCUCUCUACAGGAAGUUGAGAGAGCUAGCAGGGCUGGCAUCUGGGCCAGGAGCUGGGAUGGGCAGAGGGGGUUGGGGAAACUGGCAUCAAGCAGUGACCUUGACUGUCUCAGAAUGUGAAAGGUGCCUUCCUUCCCCUGGUGACACAGCCCGGUCCUGGCUUCCUUCCCUAAGGAAAGUGUCCGUGCUCUGACCUUCCCUUUUUUCUCUCCUCUCACUUCUCCAGCUGUUCUCACUCAUCCUAACCUCCAGGCAACAUGCACUAAAUUACAAGCAAAUUGAGAAGCCCCUCCCUGUCUAUACCCACCAACUCUAGCUCCUCCCCUCCCCUCCCCAACAGUCCCCAAUAAAGCCCUUGUCCUCGGAAAACGGCUCUGGCUUUAGUUUGUUGCUUCUUAAAAAAAAAAAAAAAAAACCCACAAUCUACCAAUCUCUAGCAGCAGGAGGGAAAGUUAGUCUUCAAGAAGAACUUUCCUAUCUGUGUCCACAGAGAUAGGGAGAGAGGAAGGACCUGUGGGCCAGGUCAGCAAUGUCUUUUUAGGAGCCAUAGGUUGGGGGCUGAGACAUCUUGGGAAUAUUCAUCUCAGUUCAGGGGCCAGACAACCCUAAGGCCAUCGCUGUGCUAUUCAUUAUGCCACUCAGCUGCCCCCUACACACUCACCCCAUGUAGGAUGGGGUCUAUGGAAGUGGUCCAGGCCUCUCAUUCACCACCCCUACCUCAUCUCUCCCCACUUGGAAUCUGAAGGUGCCCUGGGAUUUGUGGGGGUGGGGAGGGCAUCAGGAACCUUCACUCCCAGAAGUCAACCCUGUGCCCAGGGAAGAUUCCCAAGAGGACAGUAGUUUGAUUGUGGGGGUCUCCUCAGAGCAGGGGCUCUUGCCCUUUCCAUCCCACAUGGAAUUUUGGAGGGAGCAUCAGCUGUGAGUUUAGGGUCAUCCUCCACCCCACCCCCUAGAGAAGGAAAGCUGGUGGAGGGGCUGGUGGGAGCACUUGUUUUCAGGAAAGACAGAGCUGGUCUGUUUUCUUGGGAGUCUGGUUUCACAUUGUCCUGUAUUCCCUCUCUGGCUCUGGUCCCACUGGCCUCUUUUCGGUGACAUUCUCCCCCAGGAACCAUCUCUGGCCCUCCCCUACCCCGGUCCCAGUCAUCAUUUCCAGACACUGUGGGAGAGAACACAGACUUUCCCCUCCCAUCUGCUGGGACCCCCCAGGAACCCCCAUUUCACAGCCUGUCCCUCAUUCAUUCAGCAGAUACAUACUGAACACCCACUGUGUGCCAGGCACGGGCUGGGGAUUCUGAAAGGACCAGUCUGUGCUCUGGAGGACAGCCCAGUGGGGGAAAGAGGUAACCCAGGUGUGAAGGUGCCUGGCUGGGGAGCGACUUGUGUUCUUGGGAACCAGUCCUCUGGGCCCGGUCCUGAGGGUGAGGAGUUUGCCAGGCAGUGAAGAUGUAGGAAGCCCUCUGGGCAGAGGGGAUGGCAUGUGCACACAUGUGGAGAUGAGAAGGAGCAGGCAGUGUGGCCUGCCUUAGUGGGGAGGGCACAAGACAAGCUGGGAAGUUACAUUGAGGCCACUGAGGGGCCCACAGAGGUACCAGGAUUUCAUUCUGAGGAUGAGAGGAACCACCAGGAUUUCAAGCAGAGAAUGAAGUGACCAGAUUUGGUUUUCAGGUAGAUGGCUAUCUGGAUGAGGUGACACAGGCUGGAGCUCCUAGAGGUGUCAUUUCAAAUAGCUUGUCCUUUCACUAUGUCUAGAGCCCGGUCUCAGGACAGGAAAUCCCACCCACUCCUGGCUCAUCAGAUACCCCUUUCCGUUCCUCUCCUGCAGGUCCCUGUCCUGGCCCAUCUCAGUCUCCAGAAUUCUAGGACAGGGCCUCCCCUGGUGGCGCAGCAGUUGAGCGCUGGGUUGCGAGGCUGCCUGCAGCCUCUGCAGCGUCGGUUCGAUGCCCGGCCACCGGCAAGGUCCCACCAAAAAAAAAAAAGAAUUCUAGGUAGGACAGCUUCAAACCCACUGGGCAUCCCAUACUCACAGAGACCUGGUUAGGGACUGCCUCUGGGACUCACCCCCCUCAAAGGCCCUGAGUCUUGGAUUAAGGGUGCUAGAAAGGGCCAGGGCUCCCAGACAGCUAGGUGGCUCAGUGGAUUGUCAAAGGGCUGACCCUUCAUACCUUUCACUUGGGAUUUGGGGCCAAGUGGCUUCUCUUUUCCACAU